AUGUUACGCCUACACGCAGCGCGUCGUGGAGGUGCAGAGGGGCUUACGGCCCUAGGGAAUAUUUUAGGCUUAACUGAUGUGACUGAAGAAAACGUCGAAAAUGUGAAGGAAAGAUAUAGAUAUAGGGACAGAGUUGAACUGCGUAAACGUGUUUGUGUUUGUUUUCGACGAGAUGACCAAUUAGCAACAAAGAUGUUAAGAUUGGCUUGCAUGCUUGCUUUGGCGAGCGUUGCAUCAGCUCAACUCACAUUGGACGGUAUUCGUUGUGGCCAAUUGACUUGCCAACUGGACGAAUACUGCUCUCCGGAGACCAAUCGAUGCGCGCCAUGUGGCGUCGUCUGCAACAAGACCCACCAUAACUUCGAUUCCGGUCUUUGUAUUAAAGAAUGCCAAGGUUACCUCUUGGAUCUACGGUACAUGCGACGCACAGAAUCCAUGUCACCACCAUCAGACAUCAAUGGUGUUCAGCGUCAAGCUCAGACUGCCUUGAUUGUGAGUGGUGUGGCGUUGGCCGUAUUGCUCUUGGUUCUAAUUAUCAUUUGCCGCGGUCGCUUAUCUUGGAGAUACCUUAAACAGAAGCUUCAGCCGUCCAAGAAUCGCGUAAAGCAAUACCCCACAGACUUAACCCACCACAAUCCGCAUGCCGAAAUGCCGAAACCGAAGCCGGAUUUGAAACUGGAAAUCCGAAACCCAGAACCGCCGAAACGACACCAGCCGUUAAACGUUCGAGACCUUGACGCCAGAACGCAGACUGAGAGGAGUGUUGGUGCUACCACUCCCAAAACCAUCAGCACAGCUAUUAGUAAUAGACACCCAGCGGAAGACACUACCCUCGACUUCUCCUACGACAACAUGGGUAUGAACGUCACGCCACCAGAACAGCCAGCAGCUAGUCACAAAUUCUGA